AUGAACUGGCAUAUGAUAAUCUCUGGGCUGAUCGUAGUGGUGCUUAAAGUUAUUGGAAUGACCUUUUUUCUGCUGUAUUUCCCACAGAUUUUUGGCACAAAUAAUGAUGGCUUCACCCCUACGGGGAGCUACGAAACAGUCUCGCAGAUUUUUGGGAGCAGUUCCUUAAAUCCCAACAACAUAAUUCCCACGAGGAGCUAUGGAACAGUCUGCCCCAGUGGCUGGGAUUUUCAUCAAGGAAGAUGUUUUUUCUUGUCCACCUCUGAAUUAUCUUGGAAUGAAGGCAGGGACUCUUGCAAAAAGGAAGGAUCCACUCUGGCAAUUGUCAACACACCACAGAAACUGAAGUAUCUCCAGAGCAUAACUGGUGCUGAGAAGUAUUUUAUUGGAUUAACAUACCAACAUGCAGAGAAAAGUUGGCGUUGGAUCGACAACUCUGUCUUCAUAGGCAACAUUACCAAUCACAAUCAGAAUUUUGACUGUGUGACCAUAGGACUCACAAUGACAUUUGAUGCUGCAUUGUGUGACGUCACCUACCGCAGGAUCUGCGAGAAGGCAGCCAAGUGA